CCAUGAAGCGCAUAGCCAGAAAUUUGUAUUAAUCCACAAUUGUUUAUGGUGCGCGGGGUUAGCUGACAGGUGACAUCUCGGCAUAUGAUACGAUAUGCGUUCAAACGGGGGUACAGUUGAUAGACAUCGAUACGGUCGACUUCGACUCAGUGAAAUUGAGUGACAAAUUAGAAUCAUGUGCAAGACUAGUCGUCGACAGCGACAGCGUGUCUUCAGAAAUAUGUGUUACUUGCGUAAGCAAAUUGCGACUCUCCUACGAGUUUCAAAACAUGUGUAAAAAAUCCACCAAAGUAAUUCAUGGGUAUUUGACUAAAUUGAUUGGAUCUGACAGUUGUAUCAACUUCACAAAUACUAACCUAAAUGUCCUAAUACCUCCCUUAGAAAGUUCAGAGCUGGAAAAACGCGAAGUUUUGUCAAACCAAGAAAAUACUUUUCGCAAAAGGCAGAGGAUAACAAAAGAGCAGAGGUGUUCCUUAUUAAAACAGCUUUUGACCCCUAACCAGAAGUUGAAAAAAGAGAGGGAUAAAAUAUUUUACUCUCAGAGUGGAGGUGAUUAUGAAAAAGGUGGUCUGAAAAACAUUAUUAACUUCACAAAAAACUAUGACUUUAGUUUGUGCUUGGAUAAAAAUUCAAAUGUUGAAAUCACUCCAUUAGAGAGGUUAAAAGCAUUUUCAACAAAUUAUUUUAGGAGAAAUUUUGAUGAGUUUCGAGAGUCAGUUUUGUGUGUUAUUGACAGCCAGUAUGACGAGGAGAGUAGUGAUGACGGCAAUACAGUAGACGAAGCAAUAUUAAAAUUUGAAGAAGUAAUUAUUGAGCCAGAUAUCAAAAUUAAAUGUGAACUCUCGGAUUGUGAAUCACAAGAAACUCAGUAUGCAUGUGAUUAUGUAGAAACAAUGUAUGAAGAGGAUGUAAAAAUUAAAACUGAAGAACCAGAUCUGAGUGUUAGUCAUUAUAAUUCAGGUCAAGAGGAUAGAGGUAGAGUUACUUCUGGUUCAGUCAAUUUAUUAGACAAGUUAGUGUCCUCUUACCCUUACUGUAAAAAGGUAUUCUCACGGAGUAAUGUCCGCUGCCGAACAAGGAACCAUCCAUACAUAAACCCUACACUGAAAGACCAGUUUUUGUUUCAGUGUUUCAAGUGUGACAAAUGCAACAGGUACUUUAAAAGCCAGGGCUAUUUGAAAGCUCAUUCCUCAAAAGUCCAUUAACAAGAGUAUGAAUACAUUUUUAAAGUAUUUAGUUGUUGAAAGUUCAGUUCCAUUAUUACUGUUAAAUUUAAGAUGGGAGAUAUAUUUUUAUCUGCAAUUAUUCUGUGAUCUGUAUUCUGAUUCUGUAUGUCCAUUUUAUAAUCUGUGUGUUAUUAGCUAAGUGUUUUUGGUUAUGUUAAUGUUUUCGGCUGUCUCUGAAAUCUGAGAGUAUGACUCUGACAAAAGGUGUAUAAAAAAGACCCGUUGUAUUUUUAUUUUUAUAUUCUCUCGCGAUGUUUAUGAGGUGAUAAAAAAAGGUGAUUAAGAAACCGAAUUUUAUUAUAUUUAUUUUGUUUUGUGCAUAUUUUAUUACAUUAAAAAUGUUCCAAUAUUUGUUUUAUGAGUUUUUUGCCCCAUUUAAUAUUUUAGUUUAAAUUCAUUUGUAGCUUCUGCUUAAUGCCCAUAAUAACUAUUUAAUAAAUA